AGCAGGGGUCUCACCCCGGUCAGGUUUCCUAAGCGGAACCAUCCAACAGCACCUCCUCGGAGCGGCGGAGCGUAAUAAGCGUGGCACGCAGACAAAACAUCAACAAUGUGAAAGGAAGGGUUCUUCAACCCGGUGUCAGAGGGUGAACCGAGAUGGCUACCCGUCGUGUUCCACUGGUCCUAUUGGCCUGUGGGUCCUUUAAUCCCAUCACCAACCAGCACAUGAGGCUGUUCGAGCUGGCCAGAGACCACAUGCACAGCACAGGCCAGUACCAGGUGGUGGGUGGCAUCGUGUCUCCAGUGAGUGACGGCUAUGGAAAGCAAGGCCUGGUGCUGGCUAAGCACCGCAUUGCAAUGGCAAAGCUGGCGCUGCAGAGCUCCAACUGGGUCACAGUUGAUGAAUGGGAGAGCCAGCAGCCAGACUGGACAGAGACAGUGGUCACUAUGAGGUAUCAUUAUGGGCGUAUUCUGAAAGAGUAUGAGCAAAACAGUGAGACACACUAUGACUCCAAUGGGAACAUCGCUCCUCUCUCAGGUCCGUCUCCAAGGCUAAAGCUUCUAUGUGGAGCUGAUUUCCUCGACACCUUUAAAAUUCCAGGCUUAUGGCGGGACGACCACGUGGAAGAGCUGGUCGAGUGUUUCGGUCUUGUCUGCGUCAGUCGGGGGAGGCUGCAGCCGGAGCGGGCCGUCCACGAGUCGGACAUGCUGAACAGCCACAGACAAAACAUUUUCCUGGUGAGGGAAUGGGUGAGGAAUGAGACGAGCGCCACGGAGGUCCGCCGAGCGCUGAGACGAGGCCUGAGCGUGAAAUACCUGAUCCCAGACUCUGUGAUAGAAUACAUUCAGCGGCACAACCUCUACACGGAGGACAGCGAGAGGAGAAAUGAGGGCACGGUGCUGAGACCGCUCAUCAAACAGGCUCACACACCAGUGAAGAGUCUGGACGACUAUGUAAAUGUUGCCAUCAGGAAAAUUGCCAACUUGCUGAAGCCUGACAAGGACAUCACUCACGACGGGGACCACAUCAUCAUCAAGACCCUCAGCACCUUCAAAAACUACAACAUGGACUUCUAUGUGGGCAAAGAGUUUGAGGAGGAUCUGUCUGGAGUGGAUGACAGGAAAUGCAUGACCACCAUCACCUGGGAGGGCGACAAGCUGGUUUGUGUGCAGAAGGGAGAGAUUGAAGGAAGAGGCUGGACCCACUGGGUGGAGGGAGAUGAGCUUCAUCUGCUCUUUCUGCAUACAACAGUGCCACCAGCUGCCACCAUGCCUGCAGACUUCAAUGGAAAAUGGAUACUGGAAACCAAUGGCAAUUUUGAGGAAUACUUGAAAGUGUUGAAUAUUGACUUUGCUACCAGGAAAAUUGCCAUCUCCCUGUCUCAGACCAAAGUGGUGACCCAAGAUGGAGACAAGUUUGAGUUCAAAACACUGAGCACCUUUAGGAAUUAUGAGCUGGCCUUCACUGUAGGGGUGGAGUUUGAUGAGUACACGAAGGGACUAGACAAUAGAAACAUCAAGUGUUUGGUUACCUGGGAGGGGGACAAGCUGGUGUGCACUCAGAAAGGCGAGAAGUCCAACCGUAGCUGGAAACACUGGAUCGAAGGAGACAAACUCUACCUGGAGCUGACGUGUGAAGAUGUAGUUUGUCUUCAGGUGUUCAAGAGGAAAGAAUAAUAUCUGCUUUCAUUUUUUCAGUUAAAAUCAAGGCUUGCACAUCAAUACAACUUUACAUUUUCCAGAAUAUAUGAAGAAAAAUCAUGAAUAAAGGUGCUUUGAGAAUAUA